AUGGCCACAUAUUUCGAUCUUAUUGCUCGACCGAAUGACCCUAUUAAAUCGAAAACGACAGGUAAGUUUCUUAAAUUAUCAAAUUCAUCAAAUGAUUUGAAAGUGCCUAAUGAUUGGGAUGUUAAAUCAGGUGAUAUACUUCCAUGCAGUGAUUAUCGAACAACAGAUACUUAUUUUAUUACACAUGAAAAUACACUUUUAAAAAAACACAGAUACAUCUGCUGCUGUUCUAAUCAAUGUCAAGAUUUUUCAUUGAAUACAACUAAAACGAAUGAUAUUAUUAAUUGGAUUUUAAUAUCAAAUGAAUCAAAAAUUAAAUUUAAUGUUAAAUUUAAUUUCGAAGGUAAGGAAAUAUGUAAUAAAGUUCCUCAAGGUAUCAUUACUGGAUUACCUAUUGGAUGGCAAUGUGAACAAAAAGGUGUUUUAAUAUAUACUGAAGAUAAAAUUCAAAGUGAAUCAAUAGCAGAUAUUUUGCAUGAUCGAACGGCUCGUUAUUUUGAUUUAGUUAAUAAUCCUGAAUUAUUAAAAGGAAUAGAUGGUCUUCCAAUAGCUGAUUCAGACUUUAAAGAUUUUCCAGCUAAAGGAACAAAGAUUCCAGAUAAUUGGGAUGUUAGUUUUGGUGAUGUUCUUAAUUGGUCAAAAGGACGUCCAACAGAAGCUUAUUUUGUUAUGGAAGAUCGAACAUUAUUAAAAAAUCCUGAUCGUACUGGAUCAGGUUAUUUAACUAUUCCAUUUAUUAUUACUAAAAAUACUCGAAAUGCUUUGCUUAAAUAUGAAUAUGUCAUAAAUGGUAUUGGUAAAGAUUAUGUAUCGACAGUAGAAAUGCAUCCUGAUGAUGUAUUUAUUGUAAAAAAUUGGGGUCAAGUGCCUAGCGAAAUGCAUUCACGUAAUGUGGAAUUUAUUUAUGAUCCACUUGAAGAAUUUCUUUAUGUAAAUAUUCCAUAUACAUCAAAAUCAAAAGAAUUUAAAUUAGGUUCAACAACAAUGAAAGAUAUUGAAACAUGGUUUUCUGGUGCAUUAGAAACUCAAGCAUCUUUUCGAGUUAAAUAUGAUUUUUCAGGUCCACAAUUUCAAAAAUAUCAUGAUUUAUAUCGAUUACAUGAAGAAGAUUUCUCAUUACCAAAAACAUGGUCUGCUGAACCUGGUACAACACAUGUAGGUCAUGACUUUUGUCGUGGUGAAUGGAUUUUUCAUGGUGAUCAUAAACAUUUGCAUGAAGCGAAAAAGAAUAUACAAGAUUUUUAUAAGGAUCUGGUUAUUGGCAUUGAAGAUAUACCACAUACAACAGUUUCAAUUGUUUAA